AUGGCCCCCUCAGCCUGGGCCAUCUGCUGCCUCCUGUGGGGCCUCCUGCUCCGCGGCGGCAGCCUCAGCCCUGGCCCCAGCGUGCCCCGCCUGCGGCUCUCCUACCGAGACCUCCUUUCUGCCAACCGCUCUGCCGUCUUUCUGGGUCCCCGGGGCUCCCUGGACCUUCGGGCCCUCUACCUGGACGAGUAUCGGGACCGCCUGUUUCUGGGCGGCCGCGAUGCCAUCUACUCUCUGCGGCUGGACCAGGCGUGGCUGGAUCCCCGGGAGGUGCUGUGGCCACCGCAGCCCGGACAAAGGGAGGAGUGUGUUCGCAAGGGAAGAGAUCCUUUGGUGGAGUGUGCCAACUUUGUGCGAGUGCUGCAGCCCCACAACCGGACCCACCUGCUGGCAUGUGGCACUGGUGCCUUCCAGCCAACCUGCGUCCUCAUUGCCGUUGGGCAUCGUGGAGAGCAUGUGCUCCGUCUGGAGCCCCGAAGUGUGGAAAGUGGGCGGGGGAGGUGCCCACACGAGCCCAGCCGUCCCUUCGCCAGCACCUUUGUAGGAGGGGAGCUGUACACAGGCCUCAAUGCCGACUUCCUGGGGCGUGAAGCCAUGAUCUUCCGGAGUGGGGGUCCCCGACCGGCCUUGCGUUCUGACUCUGACCAGAACCUCCUGCACGAGCCCAGGUUUGUGAUGGCCACCCGGAUCCCUGACAACUCCGACCAGGACGAUGACAAGGUGUACUUCUUCUUCUCGGAGACAGUCCCUUCACCUGAUGGAGGCCCGGGCCGUGUCACUGUCAGCCGCGUGGGCCGCGUCUGCGUGAAUGACGCAGGUGGCCAGCGGGUGCUGGUGAGCAAAUGGAGCACCUUCCUCAAGGCCAGGCUGCUCUGCUCCGUGCCUGGCCCUGGAGGUGCCGAGACCCACUUUGACCAGCUGGAGGACGUGUUCCUGCUGUGGCCCAAUGCAGGGAAGAGCCUGGAGGUGUACGCUCUGUUCAGCACGGUCAGUGCUGUGUUCCAGGGCUAUGCCGUCUGUGUGUACCACAUGUCUGAUAUCUGGGAGGUCUUCAAGGGGCCCUUUGCCCACCAAGAUGGUCCCCAGCACCAGUGGGGGGCCUAUGCGGGCAAGGUACCCUUUCCUCGUCCUGGUGUGUGCCCCAGCAAGAUGACCGCACAGCCAGGACGACCCUUUGGCAGCACCAAGGACUACCCGGAUGAGGUGCUGCAGUUUGCCCGAGCCCACCCACUCAUGUUCCGGCCCGUGCGUCCUCGGCAGGGUCGCCCCGUCCUCGUCAAAACCCACCUGGCCCAGCAGUUGCGUCAGAUCGUGGUGGACCGUGUGGAGGCAGAGGAUGGGUCCUAUGACGUCAUCUUCCUAGGGACUGACUCAGGCUCCGUGCUCAAGGUCAUUGCCCUCCAGGUGGGGGGCCCUGCUGAACCUGAGGAGGUGGUUCUGGAGGAGCUCCAGGUGUUUAAGGUGCCAACACCCAUCACUGAGAUGGAGAUCUCCGUCAAAAGGCAAAUGCUGUACGUGGGAUCGAGGCUGGGCGUGGCCCGGCUGCAGCUGCACCAGUGUGAGACUUACGGCAGUGCCUGUGCAGAGUGCUGCCUGGCCCGGGACCCGUACUGUGCCUGGGAUGGUGCCUCCUGUACCCGCUACCGGCCCGGCAGCAGCAAGCGCCGGUUCCGCCGGCAGGACAUCCGGCAUGGCAACCCUGCCCUGCAGUGCCUGGGCCAGAGCCAGGAGGAGGAGACUGCAGGACUCGUGGCGACCACCACAGUCUACGGCACAGAGCACAACAGUACCUUCCUGGAGUGCCUGCCCAAGUCCCCCCAGGCCUCUGUGCGCUGGUUCUUACAGAGGCCAGGGGAAGAGACGCCUGACCAGGUGAAGACAGAUGAGCGCAUCCUGCAAACGGAACAGGGGCUGCUGUUCCGCAGGCUCAACCGCCUGGAUGCGGGCACCUACACCUGCAUGACGCUGGAGCACGGCUUCUCCCAGGUGGUGGUCCGCCUGGCUCUGGAAGUGAUCAUGGCUGCACAGCUUGACACUCUGUUCCCCUGGGAGCCGAGGCCAGAGGAGCCUGCAGCCCAAGGAGGCCCGGCCUCCACGCCCUCCAAGGCCUGGUAUAAGGACAUCCUGCAGCUCAUCGGCUUCGCCAACCUGCCCCGGGUGGAUGAGUACUGUGAGCGUGUGUGGUGCCCCUCCCGCAGCCGAGGCCGCAGCAAACAGGCCAAGGGCAAGAGCUGGGUGGGGCUGGAACUAGGCAGGAAGGUAAAGAGCCGGGUGCAAGCCGAGCGUAAUCGGACACCCCGGGAGGUGGAGACCACAUAGAAGAGGGAGGAGGAGGGCGUGGUCGGGAUGGGCCCAGUGGCCAGCAGCAGCCCCCAGCCUCUCCCACCCACCCAGCUAGGGCAGAGGGGGCCAACAUGCCUGAUUGCCUCUUAGAGAUGGGAAUCUCUGUCCCCAGACCCCUACCAGGCCACCCACAGGAUAGGCUGGGGCCUGAUGGAAGGCCUUGUGUCCUGGGCCUGUUCCCUGCCCCUCUCUGUGCUCUCAGUCCCAG